AGUGUACUUUGGCAGCAGCCUCAAGUUAGUUUUAGAGUUGCUUUUUCAUAGUCGUAAAAUUUAGAGAGUUGUCACUGCAGAGCGCUGCUGCCCAGAAUGUCCGGAGCUGGACGGUGAGAAGCUGACGGUCGGUCGGGAUCCAUCAUUAAUAUGUCGUUUUAAAUCUCAGAGGAAGACUUAAUCAGGAUUUUUCUCUCUAGAGUUCAGCCAUGUCUCUGCUUUGUGUUAGAGUAAAGAAAGCUGUUCUCCACGGACCUCCAGAUAAGUUUAAUGCUUAUGUCACACUGAAGGUCCAAAAUGUCAAGAGCACCACCAUUACUGUGCGGGGAGACCAGCCGUGCUGGGAGCAGGACUUCAUGUUUGAGAUCAGUCGGCUGGACCUGGGGCUCAUUGUGGAGGUGUGGAAUAAGGGCCUCAUCUGGGACACCAUGCUGGGCACCUCCUUCAUCCCACUCAAGGGGGUGCGCCAGUCAGAUGAGGAGGGGCCUGGCGACUGGACAUAUCUGGACGCAGAAGUCUUGAUGAAGGCAGAUGAGAUCUACGGCACCAAGAAUCAAACACCCCACAAAGUCCUGAUGGACACACGCUUUGAGCUGCCAUUCGAGAUUCCUGAGGAUGAGGCUCGCUACUGGACAAGAGAACUGGACCAGAUCAACAUGGGCAUCCAUGAUGAGUAUACGCUCCAUGAUGACCGCCACAGCCAGACACUCCCCUCCACGGCAUCACAGUGCUCUUUGGAUGAUUUGGACAGUGCGGUGGAUGACCGGGACAGUGACUACCGGAGCGAGACGAGCAACAGCCUGCCCCCACGCUACCACACGACGGCCCAGCCCAACUCCUCUCUGCACCAGUACCCAAUGGGCCCACGGCACCAGCAGAACCAGCUGGACUCCUGCACAGACUCUGUGCACAGUCUGGAGCUGGACUACCGGGACCACCAUGUUAGCAGCCCGGUGGACAGCAGUCGCUUUGGCUCAUCUGGUAAUCUAAGCCAAGGUAGCUCACAGCUAAGCGAGACGGGUCAGGAGAGUGCUGUUGGAUCUGAACUGGAGGAGUCUCAUCAUUCUUACCACAGUGGCUACCGCCUCAACAGUAAUGGACACUUGCCCACGAAUGGUCACUCUCACUGGGGAGAGGAUGAAGGGAAACCCCCUUCCAUGGUUGGUUCCCUCAAGAGAGACGCCAUCUCGCCAGUGGAAAGGAAAUCUGAGAAAUCUCUUAAAUGUUUCCAGGAUGAAGGUCCUCCUCUACCCUUCACCCCCUCCAGGCUGCGUUGGCUCAAGGCCAUCAACAAAGUGAGAGUUCAGCUUCAGGAGGGCCAUGAAAAUGGAGAUAACUCCAAGCAAGCCUGGGUCAAGGCAGGGGGUGGCAGUGGACUGUUUGGGAUUGAUAGCAUGCCGGACCUGCGCAAGAAGAAGCACAUUCCUCUCGUCAGCGAUGUGUCCCUGGUGCAGGCCAGAAAGGCUGGGAUUGCCUCGGCCAUGGCCUCCCGCUCCUCCAUCAAGGACGAGGAACUGAAGACGCACGUGUACAAGAAGACGCUGCAGGCUCUCAUCUACCCCAUCUCCUGCACCACGCCGCACAACUUCGAGGUGUGGACGGCCACCACGCCCACCUACUGCUACGAGUGCGAGGGCCUGCUGUGGGGCAUCGCCCGGCAGGGCAUGCGCUGCUCCGAGUGCGGCGUCAAGUGCCACGAGAAGUGCCAGGAGCUGCUCAACGCCGACUGCCUCCAGCGCGCUGCGGAGAAGAGUUCCAAACACGGGGCAGAGGACCGCACCCAGAACAUCAUCAUGGCCAUGAAGGACCGCAUGAAGAUCCGAGAGAGGAACAAGCCGGAGAUCUUCGACAUGAUCCGCGACGUCUUUGUGGUCAGCAAGUCCCUCCACGGGCAGCAGAUGAAGAGCAUCAAGCAGAGCGUGCUGGACGGGACCUCCAAGUGGUCGGCCAAGAUCACCAUAACGGUUGUGUGUGCCCAGGGACUGCAGGCCAAAGACAAGACCGGCUCCAGUGACCCCUACGUCACAGUGCAAGUGGGCAAGACCAAGAAGAGGACCAAGACCAUCUAUGGCAACCUCAACCCUGUCUGGGAAGAGAAGUACCACUUUGAGUGCCACAACUCGUCGGACCGCAUCAAGGUGCGCGUGUGGGACGAGGACGACGACAUCAAGUCCCGCGUGAAGCAACGCCUCAAGAGGGAGUCGGACGACUUCCUGGGUCAGAGCAUCAUCGAGGUGCGCACGCUCAGUGGGGAGAUGGACGUCUGGUACAACCUGGAGAAAAGGACGGAUAAGUCGGCCGUGUCAGGGGCCAUAAGGCUUCAGAUCAGUGUGGAGAUCAAAGGAGAGGAGAAGGUGGCGCCAUACCAUGUCCAGUACACCUGUUUACACGAGAAUCUCUUCCAUCACAUGACGGACGUCCUGGGACAGGGUGUGGUGAGGAUUCCGGAGGCCCGUGGCGACGACGCCUGGAAGGUUUACUUUGACGACGUGGCGCAGGAGGUGGUGGACGAGUUCGGCAUGCGCUACGGCAUCGAGUCCAUCUACCAGGCCAUGACGCACUUUGCCUGUCUCUCCUCUAAGUACAUGUGUCCAGGAGUUCCUGCCGUCAUGAGCACCCUGCUGGCCAACAUCAAUGCCUUCUACGCCCACACCACCGCUUCCACCAACGUCUCGGCCAGCGACCGCUUCUCCGCCUCCAACUUUGGGAAAGAGCGGUUUGUGAAACUUCUGGACCAGUUGCACAACUCCCUGCGCAUUGACCUCUCCACAUACCGGAAUAAUUUCCCAGCCAGCAGUAAGGACCGUCUGCAGGAUCUCAAAUCCACUGUGGACCUCCUGACCAGCAUCACGUUCUUCAGGAUGAAGGUGCAAGAGCUGCAGAGCCCUCCAAGGGCCAGUCAGGUGGUGCGUGACUGUGUUCGGGCGUGUCUCAACUCCACCUACGAGUACAUCUUCAACAACUGCCAGGAGCUCUACAGCCGCCAAUACCCCCCCAACGAUAUGAACAAAGAGCUUCCACUGGAGGAACAGGGGCCGAGCAUCAAGAACCUGGACUUCUGGCCCAAACUCAUCACCCUCAUCGUGUCCAUCAUCGAGGAGGACAAGAACUCGUACACACCUGUUCUCAACCAGUUUCCACAGGAGCUUAACGUGGGGAAGCUGUGCGCUGAGGUCAUGUGGGUCCAGUUCUCCCAGGACAUGAAGUACGCCAUGGAGGAGCAUGAGAAGCAUCGCCUGUGCAAGAGUGCCGACUACAUGAACCUGCACUUUAAGGUCAAGUGGCUCUAUAAUGAGUAUGUGAAGGACUUGCCCACCUUCAAAGGGCUCGUGCCCGACUACCCAGGGUGGUUCCAGCAGUUUGUUCUGCAGUGGCUGGAGGAGAACGAGGACGUCUCCAUGGAGUUCAUGCACGGAGCGCUGGAGAGGGACAAGAAGGACGGGUUCCAGCAGAUGUCUGAGCAUGCUCUGUUCUCCUGCUCCGUGGUGGACAUCUUCACCCAGCUCAACCAGAGCUUCGAGAUCAUCAAGAAGCUGGAGUGCCCAGACCCCAAAGUCUUGGCCCUCUACAGCCGCCGAUUCGCCAAGACUAUAUCCAAAGUCCUGCUGCAGUACUGUGCCAUUUUGACCAAGAGCUUCCCAUCUUACUGUGACAAAGAGAAGAUACCCUGUGUUCUCAUGAAUAAUGUGCAGCAGCUUCGGAUUCAGCUGGAGAAGAUGUUUGAGUCCAUGGGAGCCAAACAGUUGGACAUAGAAGCCAGUGACCUCCUCAAUGAGCUGCAAGUCAAGCUGAACAAUGUGCUGGAUGAGCUGAGCACCAAAUUUGGAAACACGUUCCAGAACCGUAUAGAUGAGUGCAUGCGUCAGAUGGCUGGCUUGCUCUACCAGAUCAAAGGGCCGGUGAACGCCAACAGCCGCAACACCGUGGAGGCCGACUCAGACAACACGCUCCGGCCACUCAUGGACUUCCUGGACUUAAAGCUGACACUGUUUGCUGCAGCCUGUGAGAAGACGGUGUUGAAGAGAGUUCUGAAGGAGCUGUGGAGGAUCGUCAUGAACUGCCUUGAGAAGACCAUCGUCCUGCCUCAGGGCAGUGACACCUUCGGAGCCCAGAUCCUCUCGGCAGCCAAAGAGCUCGGCCAGCUCUCCAAACUUAAGGAUCACAUGGUAUCUGGAGAGGCCAGAAGCCUCACACCCAAACAGUGUGCUGUUAUGGACGUGGCCCUGGAGACCAUCAAGCAAUACUUCCAUGCGGGGGGGAACGGGCUGAAGAGAGCCUUCCUGGAGAAGAGCCCGGAGCUGUCCUCCCUUCGCCACGCCCUCUCCCUCUACACACAGACCACCGACGCGCUCAUCAAGACCUUCGUCACCACACAACAUGCGCAGGGCUCGGGAGUGGACAGGCCAGUGGGAGAACUGUCCAUUCAAAUAGACCUGUUUACCCAUCCUGGCACAGGAGAACACAAAGUCACUGUCAAAGUCGUGGCUGCUAAUGACCUCCAGUGGCAGACCUCUGGCAUGUUCCGCCCGUUCGUGGAGGUCAGCAUGAUCGGGCCGCACCUGAGCGACAAGAAGCGCAAGUUCUCCACCAAGUCCAAGAACAACAGCUGGGCCCCAAAAUUCAACGAAACAUUCCACUUCAUUCUGGGUAACGAGGACGGGCCGGAGUGCUACGAGCUGCAGGUGUGCGUGAAGGACUACUGCUUCGGCCGCGCCGACAGCAUGGUGGGCAUGGCGGUCAUGCAGCUGCGGGACGUCGCCCAGAAGGGCAGCUGCGCCUGCUGGUGCCCGCUGGGGUCCAGCGUCCACAUGGACGAGACGGGCCUGACCGUCCUGCGCAUCCUCUCCCAGCGCUCCAACGACGAGGUGGCCAAGGAGUUCGUCAAGCUGAAGUCGGAGACUCGGUCAGCGGAGGGGGAGGCCAGAUGAGAUGAGUUUGCU